AUGCUGCUGCUGGCAGCGCUUGUCUCCACAGCCGCUUGGUCUUGUGGAUUUGCACAAGAAAUUCCCGUGCAGAGCCCACUCUCUCUCACCAAGUCUAAAGGAAGUGUGCGUCUGGAAUGUCACUUUAAAGAUGUCUCUGUAAAUUUUGAUGACACCUACAUACACUGGUAUCAACAGAAGGCGAAUAAAGCUCCAGAGAGGAUUCUCUACUUAUCAGGGACGAGAAAAGUAGUAGAUGAGGGCUUCCAAGAACGCAGGUACAGGGUUGAAAAAGAUUCUAGCCAGAAAGUGUGUAUUCUUACAAUAAACAAUGUCACUCCAGACGACAGCGCUACCUACUAUUGCGCCUACUGGUACGAUCACUGUGGUGGAGAUGCACAGGCAGCGCCAGUGCAAACCCCGGAGCUGCAGAGGCAAGUGAAAAGGAGGUCUGCCAGCACAGCGUGCGAAAUGAAUUCUGAAGCCACCAUACACUGGUACAAGCAGCUUCCUGGAGAGCCACCGAAGAGGAUUCUGUACAUGUCAGAACAGUCUCCAGCUUUCGAUGACAGCGGCAAGAGACGAAGAUUUCAAGCUCAGAAGCCUCCAACAGAGCCCCUCUAUGGUCUCACCAUAGAUUCUUUAAUGCCAAGGGAUUCUGGCACUUGCUACUGUGCCUGUCGGUUUUAUCAGGGCAUCACAGAGUUAGAUGGGGAAAGAUAA